AUGGUUCUUGCAGCAAAGAGAAAGUACAAGAAGAGCAAAAGCACCACUGAGCCUGCUGCUAAGCAAGCCAAGAAAGAUCAUUCAUCAAAAAGAGCUCAACAAGAGAGUGAUCAUGAAGACGAUCAAGUAGCUGAAAACGCUGGUUUCUCGGAGGAAGAAGCUGCAUGGGAAUCCAACUCGGACGACAGUGACGAUGAGCAAAAACUUGAAAGUACUCAAGUCAAACACACCAAGCCUACUGAGGAUGACAUUAUUUCAGGUGAACUGGAAGGUCUUAAAGAAACAGCUGAACUUUAUAAAUCCAAUAUUUUCAAGUUAGAGAUUGAGGAGCUAUUGAAAGAAGUCAACAUGAAUUACACUAAGCAUAAAGCAUUGGAAAAGUCACUUCAUCAUCUUAAAGCUGUCUUUGACGCCAUUCCCGAGGGAAAACCUAUGAAGUUGCAUGAAUUUAGCCAAGAUAUGUUAAAGAAAGAUAUCCAAACACCAUUCCCUGAUCCACAGCCUUCACCUGAAGCUCUUCAUACUUUCAAGUUUGAAAAGCUUAAUUCUGUUCACAUUGUAGGUGGUUAUGGUCUUAAAUCAAUUGCCAAAACAAAGCAUCAUUUCAAUGUUGAUAUUGCUGUGGAAAUGCCCAACAAUGUCUUUCAAGAAAAAGACUAUGCCAAUUACCGUUAUCAUCACAAGCGUGCUUGUUAUUUAGCUGUCUUGGCUCAUGCAAUUCAGACAUCCAAGAAGAAAUUCAACCUAGAAUUCAGCACACUCCAUGGUGAUUUGCGUCGUCCUAUUUUAUUGGUGAAGCCUGCUGGUGAUCAGUCUGACGUUGACUUUUCAAAGACGAAAUGUGUGAUCCGUAUCUUGCCUAGUGUCCAAGCAAACGUGUUCCCCAUGCAUCGUUUAGCGCCCGGUAAAAGUUGUGUGAAGCCUGCUUUGGCUACACCUCGUUACAAUGCUUCUCUUUUGAUGGAUACUUCUUACACAGGCAACUUGGCCUUUCUCUAUGGCCAUAGCAAGAAUUCUGCUGAAUUCAAGAAUGCCAUCUUACUUGCACGUACUUGGAUCUAUCAACGUGAUUUGAGUCUUGUUGGUAUGACACCCUUUGUGUUCUCUAUGGUGAUGGCUUACUUGAUGCAAGGUAACAGUGAUGGUACUGGAAAGAAGCUGAGUGCUAGCCACAGCUCCUAUCAAUUAUUGCGUGGUACAUUGGAUUUUUUGGCUACACACGAUUUCAAGCAUGAGCCUGUCAUGAUCGGCCAAACAGACAAGCCUGAGUUUAGUGCUGAAGCAUUCAAGGCAAAUUAUGAUGUGAUUAUUGUGGAUCCUUCUGGUAUGCUUAACUUGACAGCCAACAUGACUUUGUCUGGUAUGGCUCAAGUCCAACAUGAAGCCAAGUUAGCCAUGGAAUACUUUAACGAUAGCAAUGACCAUUUUGAAUCCAUCUUUUUAAGAAAAGUCAAUGAUUUCAAGUUCAAAUACGACAAUAUCAUCCGUAUCUCUCAAGUAGAAAACAAGACGAUGAGUGAAGAAGCCAAGGCUGAUUAUCAUAGCUAUUUGCCUUACUUCUUGAACCGUCUUGCUCACAUCUUGAUGCGUGGCCUUACCAACCGUGUUGAUUUGGUUGCUGUACAACAUACGAUGGAAGAAAACAGUUGGUUGAUUACUGACUCUCCUGCAGAUAUUGAAGCCAGUGCUACUGUUCGUGUUGGCCUCUUGCUUAACUCUGAUAAUGCACCUCGCUUAGUGGACCAAGGCCCUGAUGCUUCUGAUGAAGCCGCCGUCGCUGAAUUCCGUCAAUUCUGGGGCUCCAAAUCUGAAUUGCGUCGUUUCAAAGACGGUUCUAUUGUCGAAGCUGUUGUAUGGCAAACACAAGGCUAUGAAAACCGCAGCUUGAUUGUUCAGAAAAUUGUGUUAUACUUGCUGCAACACCAUUUGAAGCUCAAGAACGUUGACUAUUGGGCUGGUCAACUCUAUAGCUAUUUGAACUUUGCCAAGAGUGUGCCUGAACAUUUGUUUAGCCCUGAUCUCAAAUUGACUGGCUUCCAUUCAGUCAUGACAGCCUUUGGAUCGUUCAGCAAGCAAUUGAGACAAGUCGAUGACGCUUUACCUUUGUUGAUCAACAAUGUAUAUCCUGCCCAUACCAACUUGCGCUAUGCUUCUGUUCAUGUGCCUCAUCCAGUCGAUUUCAACAAUAUGGUUGCUUAUCCCAACACUACACGCUACUUUGAUGCUAUGGAUGUGGUGGUCCAGAUUGAACGUUCAGCUAAAUUUCCUGAUGAUUUAGACGCACUUCAAAAUGUCAAACAAGCAUUUUAUCUCAAGAUAGCAGAAGAAUUGAAGCGCAGAUACCAACUAGACUCUGUUGCUGUGGAUGAUGUGCGGGAAAGAAACCCUUAUGCUAUACGUGGUUAUUUGGAUGUGUACUACUUUGGCUACGUUUUCCGUUGUCAUAUCUGUCUUGAACAAGAAGCUACCCUCUUGACCAAGAUUAUCGAUAGCAAGACAAACACACAGCUCAACAAGGGAUUGGCGAAAGAAGCCUUGACGAAGUACAACUUGACCUUGAAAUACAGACAGACACACACCUUUUAUGUUCAAGCCAUGUGUGCCAAAUACACAGCUUACUCUAGCACGGUACGACUGACCAAGCGUUGGUUUGGCUGCCACUUGUUGUCUCCUCAAGUGAGUGAGGAAAUGAUCGAGUUAUUGGUUGCCCAUGUCUUUUUGGCUCCUCAACCUUGGGUCACGCCUGUCAAUACACUGGCUGCUUUUGGCCGUGUGUUGAACCUGUUAGCUACAUGGGACUGGAUUAAUACACCUUUGAUUGUGGAUAUUGAAGGCGAAUUAACGGCUGUUGAUCGCCAGGCUAUCUUGGCUGAUUUCCAACAACACCGUAAGACAAACACAACAUUGAGCAUUGGUGCAUUUACGAUUGCUACAGCCAAAGAUCAUUCUGGUCAUCGUUGGACACACUAUAAGCCUGGUCGCCCCAUCGCUGCUCGUAUUCAAGCUUUGGCCCGUGCUUCUGUACAAGCCUUAGAGCAGGAUAUCAAGCGUGUGUUUGUGACUCCUAUGGAAGAUUACACUGUUGUGUUUGAUUUAGAUAUUGCCUGCUGUACAAGAUACUAUCAAAACCUUCAUCCUCAGGCUGCUCAUUUCGUAAACAACAACAAUAAUACACUCGGUGACACAGCUUAUGCACAAUUUGAUCCUGUAUCUGAAUUGAUAGAAGAAAUUGAAAAGAUUUACGGUAACACAGUGAUGGUAUUCCAUAACAAGUAUGGUGGUCAUCAAUUAGCGCUUGUCUGGAAUCCUUUUGUGGCUACACCUAUGCAAUGGAAAGUUCAGUCUGGUUACAACAGUGUUCCUGUGGAUAUGAACAAGAAUGGCUUUUUGAAACCUGCCAAGGGUCAAUCUGAUAUUUCUAAAAUGAUCUCGCCUAAUUUUGGUGCUAUUUUAGCAGAAAUUCAAAGAUUAGGUAAAGGCAUUUUGAAAGAGUAA